CAGUGAGUGCAUCUCUCCACAGGCUGCAGUAGUCAGGCGUCCAGAGACACAUCACAGCCACCAACAGCAGUAGAAAAGGGGAGACACUAGCGCACGGAGCCAAGCCAGCAACACACACACAGACACAGACACACACACACACACACACACACAUACACAACGCACACAGAGGCAGACACUCCUCCUCUCCCACCACACCGUUCCGCGUGGCGCCUUCACUCAUUUGCUUGUUUCACUCGCUCUCUCGCUCGCCCCUCCGCCGGGCUUCUCCCUCACUCCUCUCUGCUCUGCCUGAGAAUGGUCCAGCCGGUGCCUGGGGCUCUGCUGUCACGGCCUGUCUGAACACACACACACAGGCAUACACACUCAACAGACACACGGAGGCACGCGCACAAACCGAACAGCGAUGUGAGAGAGGAAGUGCCUUCCCUGACGUCUGCUGCAGCUUCGAUGUGCUUCUAAAGCCGAAGCUCCGCCCCCCCACUUUGCCUCGCUUGCUGCCACGGUAACGCGAGCACAAGGAUACCAACCACUCCCCUCAUCACGGCCCACGCCUAAAACUCGCGCCCAGACCUGCAGCCUCCUCUGCCCUCACUGCUCCAGCUCCAGCCUACAGCCCUAUCCUCACCAGGCUUCCUGCCAACCUCCACCAGCCCUCCCAUACCACGCUACCCCACAAAGCCUCUCUCCUUCUGGGGUGAGCCUCUCACUCAGUCUCCUCAGUUUCUCUGAUGUCCAUUCAUUUACAUUCAGUCACAGCCUGCAUCACCACUGUAUUCAGAAGAGAAGGAUCUGAAGUCUGAACUUUCCCUCUGGGUUAAGUGCUGGAUUGUUGGUGAGAGACAAGUUGAGACAGAAAGUGGUAGAGUCAUUCUCUGCCAGCAUCAUUGGCUGUUGAGUGUGUUCUCAAUGCUCUAAGGAAGGUAAUGUCCCAAUAACACACAGAAAACAUUGUUACAAUACAUUUCAUUUCUCUUUGACACAUUUGUUGGAAUCUUUCAGAGAAUAAGGAGAUUUAUCUGUGUCCAACCAAAGGACACACACACAGCAACACACACGUCACGCUUUAGCCCGAUUCGGCCGGAUUACAAUUAUUUUUCGGGACUGUCUUGGUCGCCAUGGCGCAAAUGAACAUGGCGCACAUGAACAUGGCGCACAUGCGGGACACUAAAUGGCUGACGCUGGAGGUGUGCCGGGAGUUCCAGAGAGGCACAUGCUCGCGCUCCGACCAGGAGUGUAAGUUCGCCCACCCAGCCAAGAGCUGCCAGGUGGAGAACGGUCGAGUCAUCGCCUGCUUCGACUCACUCAAGGGCCGUUGUUCCAGGGAGAACUGUAAGUACCUCCAUCCUCCUGGCCACCUGAAGACCCAGCUGGAGAUCAACGGUAGGAACAAUCUGAUCCAACAGAAGAACAUGGCCAUGCUGGCCCAGCAGAUGCAGCUCGCCAACGCCAUGAUGCCCGGCACACAGCUUCAGCCUAUGGUUAAUCUCUAUGACCUGGUCCAAGACAGCAACAGGUUCAGCUUACAUCAUCAGCAGCCUAUGUUCUCCAUGGCGCCAGGCCUGGCCACCAAUGCCAGCGCAGCGGCCUUUAACCCGUACCUGAGCCCGGUGUCACCCGGCCUGAUGCAGCCAGAGAUCAUGCCCAGCCCUCAGGUCCUCAUGGCGGGCCACCCCAACCAUGGACAGGUCCCCAACGCUGCAGCCACAGCUGCACAGAAACUCAUGAGGACAGACAGACUGGAGGUGUGUCGUGAGUACCAGCGGGGUAACUGCUCCCGGGGGGAGAACGACUGUCGCUUCUCCCACCCCUCCGACAGCACCAUGAUAGACACCAACGACAACACAGUCACCGUGUGUAUGGACUACAUCAAGGGCCGCUGCUCCAGGGAGAAGUGCAAGUAUUUCCACCCUCCAGCCCACCUGCAGGCCAAGAUCAAGGCCGCCCAACACCAGGUCAACCAGGCCACCGCCGCUGCAGCCAUGACUCAGUCGGCUGUCAAAUCACUGAAGCGACCCCUCGACGCAACCUUUGACCUGGGGAUCCCCCACAGUGUCAUGCCUCCCAUGCCCAAGCGGGCAGCCCUGGAGAAGGCUAAUGGGGCUUCUGCCAUGUUCAACACUGGCAUGCUCCAGUACCAACAAGCCCUAGCCAACAUGCAGUUUCAGCAGCAGGCUGCCUUCCUCCCCUCAGGCUCAAUAUUCUGCAUGACCCCCACCGCCGGUGUUGUACCAAUGAUGCACGGUGGUACGCCAGCAUCUGCAGCCACCACAUCUGCCACAAGCGUUCCCUUCGCAACCGCCUCAGCCAAUCAGGACUCUUCCUUAUCAAAGUUGACUACCAAUGAGUACAUGCAAUUGAUUCCAAUAAUUUCUGCCGAUCAUCUGAGUAACCACAAGUAUCUGACUCAAAUGUAGUCAAGAACAAUCCAAUGAAUGGUUGAUGGCACCAUCCAAGCCUAAAGAGUUCAGCCUUUAUGUAUAUAGUGUUCAGAAUGUCAAGCAAUGGACAGGAGGAGCAUCAUCUCUCAGUCACUCUGGAAUGCUGGUCUUGUUACGCAUGCAAACAUCGGUGUGCUCUGUUGAUGCCAUGACACACACACACACACCUCCUCGUCCUCCAAGUCAACGUCCAGCUGAGAAGAGGAGUGUCUGUCUGUCCAUCUGUGCUGACAGACAGACGCUGAAUACAUUAGCAGUACACCUGUGUGUUCAAACACAAAACCAUGGCACUCAAAUAAUUUUUUAUUUUUUUUGCACACACACAAGGUUGGGACCGAUGUGUUGUUGCAUCUAACCUACAUAAUACAGUGUUGGUACGUCGGUAGACCAAGACAGAAUGUUUUAUUCACUUCGUUCUGUUUUUAAAUUAAUAGACUUGUGUUAAUGGUUUACAAAAACAUUUGCAAACGUGCCCCUUGAAUUUGAAUUGAAAUCAGAAAGGCACAACACAUUUUAAAAGGAAUAUUUAGGCGAAACGUCAGAGCAUGUACAGUAUUCUGUUUUUAAUAAGGCUUCUAGUGAAACUAGAUACUAAAAUGAGGGUCAGAGACAUAUGAAUGUUCUGGGUAAGAAACACACCUGUGUACCAUUGAAAGCACAGCUUUAAACACCAUAGAGGCCAUGCAUCCCAAGCCAGAGUGUAAUUUCAGCAGUGUUAUUCUGUUUACCUAAGAUAUGUGUUUUGUAUGGCUCGAGUUUUGAUUUUUACAUAAUUUCUCCAUUGUCUAGUUGGUUUUUUAACAUUGUGCCAUUUGCUUUGUUGUUGAUAUUAGGAAUGGGGUCCUCUCCAGACUUUUAAGUCAUCAAUCUCCUAAAUCUAAAAAACAGAGGUGCCUUUUCUCUUUUUAUCGAUCUGUUUUUGUUUAGCUUUUCUUUUUGUGCUUUAUUGUUGUAUUUAUCAGACGGGCUGAGCUAUGGCUCAAAUAGGAGCUCAUGGUGACUGGGGAGCUGUACGUCCGUAGACUCUAAAGCCUGUUGAAGUGAUGUGGGACGUGCUAGCUCUCCACCAGGUCUCGUUUCCUCGUCCUCAACCUUAAAGGUGGAGGGACUCUAAAACUGUGUCUGCAAAGAAGCACUGUCAAACCACGUGUUGUUAAAAUAAGAAAGUGUGACUUAAAUGAGGUCAUAAGAAGAUAUGGCACUUGGUUGAGUGUUUUUGUGCUCCCUAAACCCCAUUACCCCUGUAUAGGCUCAUUUAACUUUAUUUGAGGUAAUACAGCAAAUCAUUGAUUUGAUGUGCAUUUAUCAAACAGAAAGAACAUCUCUCCCUUUUUGAUCUGAUUUCAUCCGAUUCUGGAUACCAAAGCACAGUUCUGCUCAUGCACGAAGGGUUACCGAAGUAUAUGGCCAAAUUCAGGAAGGUUCAACACAGAAUUGGGGGAGCAGAGAAUUAAUUUCAGAAACCUUGUUUUCACAUGCCAUUAUAUGUUCUGUGAUUUCUUUAGUUGUUUUUCUGUUUUGGCUGAUGUGUAAUAUAUCUUUACUGAUUGUAAUGUACCUAAUACCUAUUCAAUUGUAUCUAUUGAAGCCUUAGAUUACAGGACUGGGUUCCAUCCCAAUCAAAUGUACUUUCAAUCACCAUACAGGCAAUGAACACCAAUGAUAUUUUAUAGUCCGUACACAUACAGCUUGUGUUUUGUUUUCUUCUUCUUUUUUUUUUAUAAGUAACAAUUUACUCUCUUAAAUGUCAUUGAAUUCAUGUGCUAUGUAUUACUUAAGGAUUUGAAUAUAUUUGAAUAUUUAGUUUGUAGAUUUUUGCCUUAUUAUAUUCUACUUGACAAUAUUGUUAUAUAGCCAUUGUAGAUUUUGAGGUAGUAUUACAUUCAUAACUUUUUUUAAACCAUACUCAUAAUUAAUAAUAACAUGUGGAGUCAGAUAAAGUAUUCAAAUCAUUCAUGUAGCUGGAUGUCUCUUUAGAUUGAAGAGGUUCAUUAUCAAUUCAUUUUGUUGAUCAAAGACCUUUUGAUAUUGAUACAAGGAAUGACAUCAGUUGGUUGGUUGCCGAGGCAUCAACUCUGGCUGAUGAUGAAUGUUUCAACUAGCUCCUUUUUUUCUUUGAGAUCUUGUUUGAAAAUAUAUUGUGUCGAAAUGUAGAUUGUCCAUGUUUAGAGAAGAAGGAAACAAGUUAUUUUCUACUUUAUCCAUUUAAAAAAUAUAUAUUGUUUUAAUAUUUCUUAAGAUUGCCCUGAAUGUCAGGCCAAAAUGAACAGUGAGAUUGAUGGGUCUCUGGAGUUGGGUGAAUAGUGAGAUGAGAGGUGAAGUAGUGGACUUUGCUGAAUCGGAAAGGUCGGUAAUGCUGCAGAUGAACGAUCUUUAAACUAAGGGACAAAGGUUGACUUUUUGCACUUCUGUAUAUAGUCAAUGAACAGAGAAAAAACAUGUAUCAUAUUGAGAUAUUAUUUUGAAUAAAAAAUUAUAUAAUUAUAAGGAAUUUUGUUAGGUUAAUUUAAAACAUCUAAACUGAAAGACCAGCUAAACAAAUUUGCUUGCAAAAAUAAAAUAAAAUCGCAACAGUUUCUCGGCCAAUGCAUUCAGAAAAAGCUAUGCGUUUUUUGGCUUAUUUUGUCAGUGGCUUGUAGUUUGCAAGGAAAUUCUCAAGGGGAACAUGCCCCCCACGUUCACUCCCACUCCCCUUGUAGUAUUUUACAUAAAACAAAUAGCCUAUAUUGUCUAUAUUUCAAAUGUUGGACCAGGCCCUUCAUGUCUGGCCCUACGGUACAAUAACUACAAUCAAUUAUACUAGAAACCAUAUUAUAUUUUAGUUUGAUUUGACUGCAUGUAAAAAAAUAACACAAAUGUAAACAAACUAUAUAGGUAGAUAAGGAAAAUUCAUAUUUUCAAUUUACAAAAUAACAUCUACAUUUGGGGAAAUGAGACUGCAGACAAGUCAUCUAUCACUUGUGAAAUAACAUUUUACCUAGAAACUCCAUGAGAUCUCAAGAAUAAAAUGUAAUGUUAACACCAAACCACCCAAUAAAUAUUCUCUCAUCACAGUAAUAUUACUCAAGUCAACAUGGACUCACAGAACACAUACAGCUACUGCUACCAGACAACUGUGCACUCAGCAGGUGAAGGCUCACCACCAUACUAAAUGAAUAGGUAAAUACUAUUUCAAAUGAAUGUAACCGUCUUCAGUCAAGGUCAACUUAUUUCUGACUCGAGGUCGCUGUAUAAGUGCUAUCGAACCAAAGCGUCACUUUCUCCAAACCAACCAGUGCUGCUCGGACAGAUUUCACUGUCUCUCGGCUUAUUAAACCAAGGUCUCUCUUACCUGCUGGGGGCACACAUGCUUAACUGCUUAUUAUGCGUAAGUGAUCACUUACAUUUUUUGCUUAUAGUUGCUACAGAAUAAUGUACUACUCUGUCUUCAGAUUUGUUUUAUGCACAUUUUAUUGUUGCCAUAAAUACUCUUGCUGUUCUGAAUUAUAAAAAAAAAAAAAAACAUGAAUAAAAAUAAAACUGAUUUGCUCACGCAACUCAUC